AUGGAAGCUAUCAAUGAAACCAGCCUCCACCCUACUUCCUUCCUUCUGCUGGGCAUGGUGGGCCUGGAGGACCUGCACCCCUGGCUCUCCAUCCCGUUCUGCCUGGUGUACAUCGUGGCACUCCUUGGCAACUUCAUCCUCAUAUUUGUCAUUGUGACAGAGCAGAGCCUCCACAAUCCGAUGUGCCUCUUCCUGGCCAUGCUAGCAGUGGCAGAUCUCAUGUUGUCCUCCUCCACAGUGCCUAAAGCCCUGAGCAUAUUCUGGUCCCUUUCCAAGGAGAUUUCUUUCCACGCCUGCCUUACCCAGAUGUUCUUCACACAUGUGAGCUUCAUUGCGGAGUCGACCAUCCUGCUGGCCAUGGCGUUCGACCGGUAUGUGGCCAUAUGCAACCCCUUGCGCUACUCCACCAUCUUCACGCCCUCAGUGGUGGCUAAGACAGGGCUCGCUGCCAUGGCCAGGAGCUUUUGCGUGAUGUUCCCAACGAUAUUCCUCCUUUGGAGGCUGCCAUACUGUGGACACCACAUCAUGCCACACACCUACUGCGAGCACAUGGGCAUUGCCCGCCUGGCCUGUGCUGACAUCUCCGUUAACAUCUGGUAUGGCUUUGCCACCACGCUUCUGUCCCCAGGCGUGGACGUUGUGUUCAUUGGGAUAUCGUACGUCCUCAUACUCCGGGCAAUCUUCAGGCUCUCAUCCAAGGAUGCCCAACUGAAGGCAAUUGGCACCUGCAGCUCUCAUGCCUGUGUUAUCUCUAUGUUCUACACCCCAGCAUUGUUCUCAUUCUUCACUCAUCGAUUUGGCCACAACGUUCCUCACCACAUUCACAUCCUGUUGGCUAACGUCUAUGUGCUCCUGCCACCCAUGCUGAACCCCAUCAUCUACACUAUGAAACACAAACUCCUCCGAGAAAAAGUGACCCAGAUUGUCUUCAGGACUGGGCAAGCAUGGUGA